AUGUCUAGCCCAGCCCCUGAACAUACUCAGUCCCGCAAGCGCCCCGGCGCUGCAUGCGUCGAAUGUCGUCGUCGCAAAAUGCGCUGUGAUGGAAAGCAGCCGCAAUGUGAGAACUGCGUCAAUUCGGGGGUAGAAUGCAUUUUCAGCCCCUCCAACACACGAAGAGGACCCAAGAAAGGCCACCUAAAAAGCCUGCAAAUCCGCAUCACGAAUCUCGAAAACCGACUGCUGGAACAGAGACAUGACCAUUCAACCGCCACGGGUGGUACUACCUCUGUGCAACCAUUCUCGCAUGGGUACGAUGGGAGGUCAGAGUUAAACGUGCUUCCCCACGAGUUCCACGUUCCGGGAGCGAUCCCCGGGCCAUCCGCAGCGACGAUCCCCGUCUCGGACUUACUACAUGCCGAACUUGACCAGCUUUACUUCGAUCGCGUACAUGACUUUGUUCCAGUUGUCCACAGACAUCGCUACUUGUCUUGGACUAAGGAUGCCGACAAGCACUUGUCGAGACGGUCUCUGCAAUAUGCAAUGUGGUCCAUGGCCGCGUCGAUGUCCACCCAGCUAGACCACUUGUGCGACCCGCUCUACCGAUCUGCACGCGGGCUCCUGGAGGCUUCAGGCUUAACAGACGAUCCAGCGCUCCACGAUACUGAACAUGUUCAAGCAUUGCUGGUGCUUUCGAUCUACGAAUUCACCCGUCACACCUUUCGUCGCGGGUGGAUCAGCGCCGGACAAUGCUUUCGACUGGUGCAGUUGAUGAAUUGGCAUAGAAUUGACACCAAUCUCGAGGCUGUUCCGCUUCAACCUGACGAGCUUAUUUGCAUGGAAGAAAAACGUCGCGUGUUCUGGAUGGCGUACGUUCUAGACCGUUUUGUUUGCACCCGCCUGGAGAACCCGUUAACCUUCGAUGAAAGAAUUAUUACAACGCGACUGCCUGCCACGGAAAAUGCCUUCCUGACGGGCCAACUGAGCCAGCCCACGGGGUUUCUUCCGGAAAUCAUCGCCGCAGGCGACUCGGUACCCCGGACAUGGCUGACGGAGUGCAUCGUCCUCGCGGCGCUGUGCGGGCAGAUAUUUUCGCACAAGCAGCAAACGACCGUGGAGCAAGUCCUCUGCGGCGUUUCGAGCGGAUUUUGGCAGCGACAUCAGUGGCUAGAAGCUCUCUUAGUCAAAAAGUCCCAGAUCAUCUCCGCCGCCCAGCUGUUAAUACCCGCGGGGCCUAUCGAUCCGAUGCUGCUGUUUCUCAACCUCGUGGCGCAUUCGAAUUUGCUCUACCACUGCACAGCAGUGGAUUCUGUCAGCCCUACCGACAGCGACGUGGUCCUAGGUUAUCAACAGCGCGCGUGGAUCUCUGCGCAGGAGAUUGUCCGACUGACGAGGAUGGUGUCAGAGCUAAAUCAUUUCGAAAUCCAUCCGUUCACGCCGCUUCCCAUCAUGCUCUGCGCCAAGUUCUUCAUGACGCAUCCAAACAUGGAUAUCUCCUCUCCCUUGCAGCUGCAGGAAGUACUCGGCACGUUGCAGCGCUUGGCUGAGACCAACUAUCUCUCCCGGGACUGCUUAUCCAGGUGUGUUGACGUUUGAUGCAAAAUGACUGGAGCAACUGUUAGAUAUAUAAAUCUGAUUACGUUAGCAUUCUGGUAUAUGAUGGAUGACUAUCACAAUGAGCUCGAUAAUAGUUCGGAAGGAAC